AUGGCAUAUGGGGGCUCUUCUGAUGGAAUAAGGCUUCUGUGUGCCUGGAACAUCAUCAUUGAGCUUGUCCUUCUCUUUAUCUUCAGUAGUGGGAGCAGGCUCUGGGACUGCAGGUUUUUCAGAGCACUCCGUGGAACCCGAAGUUCUAAUCCUACUGCUUAUGAUAAGGAUGAUGAUGCUGAACGGGAUGAUCAGAUUAUAAUGCAAGCUGAAGAAAAGGGGGAGGACCAGGAUGAAACUAAAACUGCUCCUGCUGUUGCUUGUAAAAUUAUGAACGACCUUGGUUUUUUUUGUAUGGCCCAUGUUUCUCCUGUUGGUACUAAAGGAGGACUUUUGUUAGCAUGGCGCCUUGGUGUGGAACUUGAGUGUUUUAUUACCAAUGUGAAUACUAUAACUGUUUGGUGUUACUCGGAUCCUGUUAAUAAUCCUUGGUUGCUUACUUGUGUUUAUGGUUCCCCAACAUAUCUUAAUAGACAAUAUUUUUGGGAUAAUAUUAUGAAAAUUGGAGAUAGAUUUUCUGGUCCAUGGAUUUGCAUUAGAGAUUUUAAUAUGAUUUUGGAUCAAUCUGAUAAGUUUGGUGGAUUGCCUUACGCCACUUCCUCUCGAGAUUUUUUUAGAACCUUUAUGAAUACUUGUGGAAUGAUUGAUCUAAGUUUUUCUGGAAACCCCUUUACCUGGUUUGAGGAAUUUUGGACAAAGCACCCUGAAUGUAGAUCAGUUAUUUUAGCAGCUUGGGACUCAUUUUUCAGUGGUUCUUCUGCUUUUAUCUUAGCAAAGAAACUGAAAUCUACAAAACAGGCCUUGAAGAUCUGGAAUUAUUGGUUCUUUGGGAAUAUUCAAAGAAAUAUCAAUUCUAUUUCCCAACAAAUUGAUGAUAUUCAACAAUCCAAUUUCUCUUCUCACUUGCAUCGUGAAGAAAUAUUUCUUAAACAGGAGCUGGAUUCUCUUUAUAUUCAAGAAGAAUUAUUAUGGAAAAGUAAAUCUAGAGACACAUGGCUUACUUGCAAAGAUUUGAACACAAGAUAUUUUCAUAUGUCUACUUUGAUCAAAAGAAGACGUAAUGCAAUUGAUUUUCUUAAGUUGCCGUCUGGUGCUUGGGUUUCUGAUCGAAGGAAUAUUGGCAACUGCUUUACUGAUUUUUUUCAACAGUUAUUCUCUUCAUCUUUGUCUGAUCCUCCUGAGGAAAUGCUUAAUCUUUUUGAUAAGGUUAUUUCGGAUGAAGAAAAUUUAGUGCUAUGUUCUAUUCCUUCGGAAAAGGAAAUUUAUGAAGUCCUCAUUAGUAUUGGUGCAACUAAAGCCCCUGGUCCGGAUGGAUUCACUGCUUUAUUUUAUCAAAGAUACUGGAGUAUUGUCAAAGAGGUGGUCUUAAAUUGUGUUUGGGAUUUUUUCAAGAAGAAUCACUUAUUGAAAGAGCAGAAUCACACUUUCAUUGCGCUUAUUCCAAAAAGGUUGGGUCCCUUCUCGGUUAAUCAUUUUCGACCAAUUAGCCUUUGCAAUAUUAUAUAUAAAAUCAUUUCCAAGCUCUUGGCAAACAGAUUCAAAAUUCUUCUUCAUCAUUUUAUUUCUCCAAAUCAGUCUGCAUUUGUUCCAUCGAGAACUAUUCAUGAUAGUUCUAUUUUAGCACUUGAAUUGCUUCAUACUAUCAAAUCUAAAAAGGGAAGAGGAGGACUUAUGGCAGUUAAAAUUGAUAUGGAGAAAGCUUUUGAUAGAAUGGAAUGGGGUUUCUUAUUGUCUAUCCUCAUUAAGCCGGGUUUCAAUUCUAUAUGGAUAAACUGGAUUCGUAUUUGCAUCUCCUCUACAUCUUUUUCCAUUCUGAUUAAUGGAUCACCUUUUGGGCUAUUUACACCUUCUCGAGGUCUGAGGCAGGGGGAUCCACUAUCUCCUUUUCUGUUCAUUCUUGGCACUGAGGCUUUAUCAAGAAUUCUUCAACAACAGGAAAGUCUGGGAAUUCUCAAAGGAAUUAAGAUUGCAAAAAAUUGUCCUCCAAUUAAUCAUCUUCUUUUCGCAGAUGAUUUAAUUAUUUUUGCCAAGGCAACUUCGACUGAGGCAAUCUCUAUUAAAUGCAGUCUUGAUUUAUUCUGUUCCUGGUCAGGACAAAAGGUGAAUACUGGGAAGUCUUCUCUACUUUUCAGCAAAAACACCUUGAGCUCAACAAUCCGUAGUAUCAAAGGUAUUAUCCCAUAUAAAACAACUUCUUCAACUUCCUAUUAUUUAGGACUUCCAUUCAUAUUUGGGAAAUCAAAAAGAGUAGCUUUUCAGCCUAUUUUGGAUAAGGUGUUGAAUAAGAUUGAGCGCUGGCGAGCGAAGACUCUUUCUCAGGCUGGUAGAACUGUGCUUAUAAAAGCUACUGCGGCUGCAAUUCCAUCUUAUGCAAUGAGUACUUUUAUGCUCCCUGUUUCCAUUUGUAAAAUGUUGGAUAGAAGUUUUAAAAAUUUCUGGUGGGGAUUUCCUAAAGAUAAAUCAAGAAACCUUUCUCUUAAAUCCUGGAGUUCUAUUUGUUUGCCGCGUAGCCAAGGAGGUUUGGGUAUUCGAGAUAUGAAAUCAACUAAUUUAGCUCUUAUAUCUAAACUAGGUUGGAAGAUUCUAAAUAAUUCUGAUAACAUUUGGGUGCAGUUCCUUCAAAAGAAGUAUAUUAGAUAUGGGAAUUUUCUUACUUCCCCUCUUUUUUACUCGGCAUCUUAUUUCUGGAAGGGGUUACAGAAGUGCAAAUCUCUUAUACAAUCAGGUGCUUGUCUGCAAGUUGCUGUUAACUCUGAUUUUGAAGUCUGGACAACACCAUGGACUAUGUACUUGUGGAUUUCUUCAACCUCAGGUCAAUUCACAACAAAAUCUGCUUAUCAAGUAAUCAAGAGCAACCUGCAAGUUAAUUCCCCUUUGCCUGGAACUUCUUCUAAUUUUUGGAAGAGUAUAUGGAAGUUAAAUCUCAAUGAUAGAUUGAGAUUUUUUAUCUGGAAAAUAGCUUGGAAUAUACUUCCAACUAAGGAGAGAUUAAAUUCGGUGUUUUCAUCUACAGAUAUUACUGUCUGUCCUUUGUGCAAAUCUGGAGAAGAUUCAAUCCACCAUCUAUUUUUUAAUUGCAUUUUUGCAAGAGUAAUAUGGCAACACUCCUACUGGCCAAUUGACUCAACGACUUUCCAUUUUACCAAUAUGUUGGAUUGGAUUAAAGUACUUAUCUCACCUGGAUUGAAUCUCAACAUUCCGAAAGAAGACCAUCAUCGUUUCCAAAUUUUUGCAUCAGUAACAUGUGAUACUCUUUGGUCUUCUCGCAACAAGGCUUAUCAUGAGAAUCUUUCCUUUGAUGCACUACAAUUGUCUAGGAAAAUUUUGAAAGUUUCACAAGAACAUAUGGUGGCUUGGAAAUCAAUUUCCCAACAAAUUGAAGAAAAGUGGAUCCCUCCACCACCUCAAUGGUUCAAGAUCAAUUUUGAUACAGCCAUUAGAGAUACUUUUUCUACACAAGCUGCAGUAUGUCGAAAUCAUCUGGGACAUAUCAUCAAGAUACACACCAAGACUAAUUCUCCAUGUCAACCAAAUGAAGGUGAAGCUUUAGCAGCAAAUCUUGCUGUUUCUUUGGCUAAUUCUCUAAAUAUCCAAAGUUUUAUUCUGGAACGAGAUUCUCAGAUUGUUAUUCUAGCUCUUCAACAUCCAGAUAUUUCACAAGAUUGGCGAAUCUCUUCUGUCAUUCACAAUACCAUUGACUCUAUCCCAGCUGAUUCAUCCUGGUCAGCAAGGAAGGUCAAUAGAAGUGCAAACUUCUGUGCUCAUUAUGUAGCACAUUGGGCCGCAGCCAGGGUCACAGCUGGCAGCAUUCCCACUUAUCCACCCCCUAUUCCAUCAAUCCGAAUAGUUAGUGGGAAGGAUCCUCCUUUCCAUUAG